CAGGGGGCAUCCCAGGCUGGCCGGCCAAGCGGCGUGCCUCUAUUGCAGCCCAUUCAGAUUCUGCCAGCUCUUCCCACUUCCUAACCCCUCUUCUCCUGGCAUCAGCUCCUCUUUCUCCGAUUUCCCUCCCCCCGGUAGUUUUUACAUCACUGACACAGACUUCCUGUGAGUCAGCACAGCAGACAUUAGAGAAGUAAGUGGGAGAAGAAGAUGAUGAGACAAAAGUGUGUGGAAAGGGGGAAAUCUGGGCAAUGACAAUCGCUGAAUUCAAACCUUCCCGCUGAAGGAAAGGAGACGCAGCGAUUUAAGGAUCCAUGAAAAGAAGCAAGAACUGUUCUCCAAACGCGGGCAAUGAAAACCGACGUCGGCACUUCAGUUGGGUCUCAAACCCCUUCGAGCCACGGCAGGCCAAGAGAGUUGGAGGCCACGGUAAGAAAGACCCUUAAAUGAACUCCCUGCCAGCUGAGGCCCAGUUUCCAAGAAACCAAAGGAUGGAGAACCCGACGGUGAUUAAGCUGGAGCUCACUGAGGUGGAAGAUCUGAUCAGACACCCCCGGGAGAGGUCGUACACCUGCACUAUUUGUGGGGACAGUUUUAACCAUAAGGGUGUUCUGGCCGCACAUCAAAAGACCCACAAGGAGGAGGUGCUGGCAGAUGGGCACAAGCAGGACAGAAGCAUUGACCCAGCAGCUCAGCCAAUGAUCCAGCAGGUCGUGAAAAUGGAAGAGGAGAGCAGCAAGGACGUCCAAAAUCCAGCUGGAGACCUCUCAGUGUCUCAGGAAGCCCCUAGGAAGGAGAAGCCCCACUCCUGCCCUGAAUGUGAGAAGAGCUUUAAGAUGAAGGUGGACCUCACCAAGCAUCUCAGGACUCACACAGGGGAGAGACCCUUCCCAUGCACCGACUGUGGCAAGAGGUUCAUCACCAAGUCACAGCUGAAGGAGCACCAGAGAAUCCACACUGGAGAAAGGCCGUAUCCUUGCGCAGACUGCGGGAAGAGCUUCACCCAGAAGUCGCAGCUCAUCGUCCACCGCCGAAUCCACACCGGUGAGAAACCCUAUCCGUGCGGCAGCUGCCAGAAGAGCUUCGCCGACAAGUCUCAGCUGGUCGCCCACUGCCGCAUCCACACCGACGACCGCCCCUUCCAAUGCGGGCUCUGCACCAGGGCUUUCCGCCAGAAGAUCACCCUGAUCAAACAUCAGAGGGUGCACAGCAGGGACGGGGCAUGCCGGCGUAGCGGUCCCGGGUCCCUUGCCAGCGACGCAUCGCGGCUCAUCGUGCCCGAGUCCACGCCGGACGGGGGGAGGAUAUUCCGGUGCAGCACGUGUCGGAAAGCGUUCAAGAAGAAGUCCAUCCUGGUGACCCACCAGCGAAUCCACACUGGGGAGGAGCCGUAUCACUGCAGCGAGUGCCGGAAGGGCUUCCGCCAAAAGAUCCACCUCAUCCGCCAUCAGAGGACCCACGCCCGCGUGCAUGCCCAUGUCUGCGCCCAGUGCGGGGACAGCUUCAGCAGCAAAGGGGAGAUGCUGCGGCACCAGAAAUGCCACCACUCAAGUGAGGGGCCCCACACGUGCAGCGAGUGUGGGAAGAGCUUUAGCCAGAAGGUGGGCCUCACAGCCCACCAAAGGGUCCAUGACAGGGAGAAGGGGGCUUUUAAGGGGAGCCCCAGUGAGGCAGGAGCUCACGGGGGCACAGAAGGGAAGCCCCCUGCUGAAAAUGGGGCAGGUGGUGGCCACCAAGUGGACUCCUCCGCAGCGGUGCCACGGAAAGGCGAGGUUUACACGUGUCCCCAGUGCGGCAAGACGUUCACGAAGAAAGGCAACUUGGCCAACCACCAGCGGGCCCACGCGGAGGAGCGGGUGCACCGGUGCGGCGUCUGCAGCAAGGCGUUCAGCAAGCGGGGGGAGCUGACCAAGCACGAGCGCAUCCACACCGGGGAGAAGCCCUACGCGUGCGGGCCGUGCGGCAAGCGCUUCACCCAGCGCACCCAGCUGGUCACCCACCAGCGCAUCCACACGGGUGAGAAGCCCUACCCGUGUGCCGACUGCGGCAAGCGCUUCAUCGACAAGUCCCGGCUCACCGUGCACCGGCGCAUCCACACCGGGGACCGCCCCUUCCCCUGCGCCGUCUGCGGCAGAGGCUUUCGCCAGAAGAUCGCGCUGGUCAAGCACCACCGGGUGCAUGAGAGGGCCAAGCUGGAUGGGCACCCUGAGGGCGAGCGGGCUGCGAGCACCCCUGAGGACAGUGGCGGCAAGGAGCAUGGGUGCAGCCAGUGCGGCAAAUGCUUCAGCACGAAGGAGAACCUAGCCAGCCACCAGCGGCUCCACGCGGCCGAGAGGCCCUUCGGGUGUGAGGAGUGUGGGAAGAGCUUCACGCAGAAGGCGCAGCUGGUGGUGCACCGGCGCAUCCACACAGGCGAGCGCCCUUUCCCGUGCGCCGACUGCCCCAAGAGCUUCAUCGACAAGUCCCGUCUCAUCGUGCACCGCCGGACGCACACGGGUGAGCGUCCCUUCCAGUGUGCCGCCUGCGGGAGGGCUUUCACCCAGAAGAUCGCCCUCACCACCCACCAGAGGGUCCACACCCGGGAGCACAAGCCAGCCCAGGAGCUCUACAAGUACUCCAAGUGCGGGGAGAACUACAAGGCUGAGCCCGGGGAGGAGUGGCCGUUCCCCUGCCCCGUGUGCGGCCGCGGCUUCCGCAAGGAAAUCGCCCUCAUCACCCACCAGCGGGUCCACACCAAGUACGAGCCCAACCGGUGCAACAAGUGCGGGCACGUCUUCCCCGACCGGGCCCAGCUGCUCCUGCACCAGCCCUCCCAUGCCGAGGACCGGCCUUUUAAAUGCGACACCUGCGGGAAGGACUUCAAGAGGAAAGAGAUCCUCAUCACCCACCAGCGAAUCCACACGGGUGAGGCACCGUUUAAGUGUGUCCAGUGCAGCAAAAGUUUCUCCCAGAAAGCCAACCUCACGAAGCACCAGCUGACCCAUGCACGCCGGGGUCCCUUCAUCUGCUCGGACUGUGGGCAGAGCUACACCACGGUGGGGCACUUCAAGAGGCACCAGAGGAACCACCUGAAGAAGAAGGACCCUCCUGCGGAUGGGAAGGAUGCGGCAGAGAGGCCCAACGCGGGCGGGGAGCAGCAGAUGGGCGAGCACAACGGGCCCGUCAUCGUGGUGAAGACGGAGGUCAAUGCAGACGGCUACGAGAUCCUGCCGGUCCCAUGAUGACUGGUCCCUAGCAGAGCAAGAUGUGCUUACAAAAACGUCAUCCAGUAGCUCAUGCAGGAAAGGGAGCCCAGAGCCCACUCCCGGCGCUGCCAACCCAGAGCGACCUAAAGUCAAGCCAACCUGAAAACAAGGGCACGGCUGGCUUCAACCCACAAGGUUUCAGGACGAAAGAACAAUGUACUGGGGGUUGCCUUUAUUUGCCUUCUGGCUUAGGAGCCUUCAGGGGAUCGUGCUUACAAUUUUUCUCUGCCCCCGCGUGGGAGAGAAGCUGACUUAUUUUUUUUAAUGAAAUCUGUGAUUUCCGAUAUAUGCACUUGACUCCAGGAGCUGGAGAUUUAAGGGAGGGAAAAACACCAAAUAUUAUGAGAGUCAGCAACACUGACUCUCCCCAUGGGCUUCAGUGGAAGCUGGAUAAGAGCCCAUACCCUAGCACUCAGCUGCGGACACCAGAAGCACUAAUUCAUAUUCAGCCUGCCCUCCUGAGUCCCAGGUAGACUUUGGGAGAACAUCUUCUGCAUCCUUCAUUCCACAGAGCAAUAAAGAGAGGACGACAACACCAAGGGACCCCAUAAGGGUGGACCCGGGGCUCAUGCAGAGCCCUAUCGAAAUUAGUGAGGCUCUAUAGGGGAUGCAGAUGUUCUCAAGUGUGGACCACAUUGCAGGAGUGGGGCCCUGGAAAAAGAGCACCUGCUAGAAGCUGACAGUGUUUUUUUCAAAGUCUGAUGCUCUCGAUGAUCACACUUUAAAAAAAACUCCUGCGUGGUUUUUAUUUCACGCUGGGAUCACUGACAUUAUUUUAUUUUUUUUAAUAAAGGCAGGUCACUGCAGACACAGCUUCCACGCAAUGCUAUGGUUAGGAAUUGAAACAGCUGUUCCUCAGCCUGUCUGACCACUGCCUUCUUCCAGGUUACUUCUGGGGUGUGCCAAGGUGUAAACCUGGAGUAACGCAGGGGGAAAGCAGGCCCGAGAUGCUUCAGACCCGCAGCAAUAUAUGAGUGAGUGGAAUGAUGUUGUUGGAAACCAGCCAACUGAUACCAUGCAGCAUCUGCUCCAUGAUUCCCACCCUAAACAUAGCUCUGGCACUCCUGCACCUAGCCAUUUUACUGUCAUUUUACUGAGUAUGGGGUGUACUCAAGGGAGCAUUGCUAGGGCUGCUGGAAGGCCCUGCACCUUGUCUUCUCUGCCUUGCAUUUGAAUUCCUAACCCUAGCAUUGCACUGACAUGCAUAAAACCCCUCGGAGAAGGAAAUACGUGGCACAGUCCUGUGACCCUGUAGUUCCAACAGCGCAAUCCUACAGGAGUGAUGCUGCCCAGCCUGCCGACCCCAGAGCAUAUGCAAGGAGGGGUUGCUUAUCCCCACCCCGCGCUCUUCCCCUUCAUGGUUUCAGGUCUUGUUGAGCACCUAUCCUUCCAUUGCCGUCUAGUCCUAUGGAUUAAUGCUGCUGAGAUUGCUAGGUGAAGCCAGUGUUUCCUAGCUCCAGUCUCAGCUGAACACGAGCCCACGAAAACCCACUGAGUCCCCGCAACAUGGAGGAGCUUCUUUCCACUCUGGGCUGAAGGGAGCAGUGGUAUAUCAGAUGCACUCCUCAUCUUUUUGUCAACUUUGGGCCAUCCCAAUGGAUAUUCUGCUCUCACCGUCAUCCCCCAUGCAGUGGAGAUGGUGGCAGAGGUCACGGUGGUUUGGGAAAUAGUCCUGUCUUCUGCUGUCUCAUGUUAAAAGUGUUAGGACUUGCAUGAGAGGCAGGAUCUUUAUUCCUUAAGAGUUCACAUACUCCCCUCCUGAAGUCAUCACACAUCAACGGGGUUAGAGGGAAUGUCCCAAGGGACAUUUGCUUCCAGGCACUCUUCCACAGCUGCAUACAUGCCAAGAGAGUUCCCGGUAUCCCUAAAAUGUUCCUUUAAAUUCCUUCUAAAUCAUACCAGCAUCAUGAAGCACAGGAUCCCAUGGUUGGAAGGGACUUCUAAAGUCUUCUUGUCCAACCCCCAGCAGUCCAGCUGUGCGGCGAACAUCAUUUUAAGCACAUGAACCAUCUUAGAGGGGCUUAAGAGUUAGACAAGCAUGAAAGCAUUUGCAGGGUCAAGGCCUCAAUGAUACGUCUCCUUCCUUAGUAUUAGCAGCCUUGAUUUCUUCGUAGACUUAUGGUACCUGCCAUCCUUCUGCCUGUAGCUAAUGCUGCUCUUUCAGCCUCUGCAAAAAGUCAGUUUUAUUCUGCUAACCGUGGCAAAGAGCUCUGCCGUCACAGGGGACUCAAGAUGGUGAAAUUAUUAAUUGCUGUAGUCAACAGUCCAUUGUAAAAGGACAUACCCCAGGCCAGGUUUUAAAUGAUUUUCCCUGGUAGCCUGUGCAACGUCCGCCUAAUUCCAGAGCUUGCUAAUAAAUUUAAAAAUCAUUCCCUUCCCUUUUAUCCAGUCCCAACGCAGGGAAAUUAGCAACAGAACGUCUCGAUAGCAAGCCAAGGGUGUCAAUGGAAACCAAAACACCUGACACAUCCAUGCAAAGAUAUAACAUAUUGAAACAACAAGAUGUUUUCCAGAAUUUGGGGGGUGUAAAAGCAACUUUCUGUGCCAAAUAUUCUUCAACCAAAAACACUUGAUUGGCUGUAUUGUGCUUCUCAGUUUGUAAUGUAGAGAUGCAGAGUUAUCUCAUAUCUCCUGGAGCCUCAGUAAGCAAUCCCCCUACCUAUUAAGCCAAAUCUCUGGGCACCACAACAGUAGGAAUAAGCUAUCCAAAAACUGUAACCUGUUUUCUUCCCUUCUAUAAUGAAGUCUGACUUCUAUAAUUGGGUUAGCAUCUUGCAAAGACUACCCAGUUGCCACGAAUAUAAUCGAGUUACAGAGUGUUUGGGAACUGCUCAUUUGGCGCGUGUGAUUGAUCACAAAUCACAUGGGAUAACGUGCGCCCUCUGAUCAGAAUAACGAGUUUGUUUCCGAACAGGAGAGAAACCAAAUGAUGCAGAGCAAAUGUUUGCAAACAUGAGGCAUGCAAAUAAGGAACAGACACUUCCCAAACGUCAGCGAUCACAAAAACCCAAUCAUACAAAGCUCUUCGUGAACUCUGUUGAGGGAUUUUUUUUGUCAGCUCCAGAAAAGUGACUUCAGGAGGGACGAAUUAACAGAAGCAGAUGAAUUCUUAAGAAAGCAAAGAGGCUGUUUUCCUGCAAAUGUUGCUAGGGAUGGCAACACCACCAAAAGCAGAAGGGCUAUUUUUUAAAGACACCUGCAGGAGUAUGCUCAGAGCUUUCUGUGAGGUUUGUGGGAUCAUUUAAGCCACAUUGGCAACUACAUUUGAGAAAUGGGCCUUGUUCUAAAGAAAUAAGUUUUAUUUGGGGGAGGAGGGAGGAAUGCAAGGUUGCAACACUGUAAGGUGAAAGUAUCCAGAGACAGGACUUCUAGUAAAUAGGACAACAGCAAAAAUAAGGUCUCACUCCUGCCAAAUAGCAUCCGUACACAUCAGACCUGUCAUAGUCUUCUAAACUCCCCAGCUGCUGGGAACAGAUUCACUGGAGUGGUUAGCAACCACCACGACUUGCAUCGAUUGCUCUUCUUGAGCUCCUGAAAAGGACAGCAGGAUCUCACCGUGCCUUGACUUACAAAAGUGGCCCACCUGUGUUGCACAGGCUCGCCCUCCCGCGAAUGGUUUGUAGGAUCAGUAGUUCGCACAAGAACGUAGCCUUCUUUUUACAGGUCACCAGCCUGCACGCAAAGGAAGAAGAGGGACGAGCUCUGCAACGUUGCUAACGUUGCCGAAAAGGCUCUUUUGGUUUGCAGUGCUAACGAACUACUCCGCAUUAUCGCUAGCCCUGUUGGUAUCAGAAAGAAGAUGUCUACACCAGGGCAGGAGCAUAUGCCAGGAGAGGCCGAAGCACAUCCCACGCCAUGCAAGCCCCAUCCAUCAGCAUCUACAGGCAUGCUCUCAACCCGGAUAUUUGUUGGCAAAGCUGUUCCAGGCUUAGGCCCCGUGACUGCUUUCAGGUUCCCAGGAGAUUGGGAACUUGAGAGCAGCCUCAGCGGUGUGUGGGGCAUGCUGAGGCCUGGUUUGCCCGGGACCUGCUGCCACCCUUGUGUAGAGAAGCCCCUUGAAGAAAAGGUGAAGUUGGCUGAGACUGGGAGAUAGAUUUUCAGCUUUGUGAAGAGGCCAGUAUAGUUCACAGUGUGUGUGUGUGUGUGUGUGUGUGUGUGUCAGGAGGGUGUUCAAAUUCCCUGAUACAUUUUUAAGUCUUUAUUUAUUAAAAUCCAGAUUGUAUCACUGAAGAAUAUUAAUGAACUAGCGAGAACUGUGGACCUCACCUGGGAACGCACUUCUUCUCUCCAAAAUCUAACAUACGAGUUGGUGGUCUUAACUUGUCGUUCUUUCCUAGGUUUCUUUUUAUAAAAAAAAAAUAAAUAAAUUAAGUUUUUCCCGUAAUUCUUUUUAAUCAACUCAUUUCCUUCCAUGCAUACUCUGGGCGACACGCAACGCGAUCCUUGUACUUAUCUACCUCUAGCCUAGAUUUUUACUGGAUUCUUCUGAUUUGCUUCUCAUUUUUGGAAUAAAAGGCUUUACUAAACUAA